UUCCCCCCCCCCCGCAAACGAGCACCCCACGCAUACCCCCAGUGCCUGGGACGAGCCUUCUGCCAGGUCUACCCACCUUUAGUGGGGGGGAGCGGGGGGGCGGGGAGCAUGCAUGGCAGGGAGUGAAAGUCUUUGCUUCCCCUGUGCAAUCUUCCCUCCCUAACAUGCCAGCUCCCCUCCUAUCCUGACCACGGAGCCCUCCGCCACCCCCUUUUCUCAACUGCAGCUGCCUGGUCAGCACAACCUCUUGCGACCAUUCUGAGCCCCAACUUUGCAAUAAGAUGGUAAAAAAUGGAAAUCCGGAAAGCUGCGAAAGAUUUUUUUUCUUUUUUCAGUGCAAUGAAUGGGGAGUAGUUCUUUGAGCACCCUUUUAUUCACCUCUUUCCUCUGGGCUGCCUGCCUGCCUUCCCCUCCCCCCCAACCUGGAUGCCUGUCUGCUUGGAAAAGGCGCGAUUGCUUCUCUUCCUCUUCUGCCCAAGACCAAGCGCUAAGGUCUCACAUUCUUUUUAGCCACACACGUACCCACACUCAUACCCACACUAAGUCUUCUUGAUGUUCUUGCAUUUCCCAAUUCCUCUGGACAGUUCUUGCCCUAACCCCAUUUCUCAGACAAAGGCUUAGGAGGGGAAAAACCAAACUGUUUCCUGUGUUUGCCAUUUUAAUGCUGUCCAUCCCCACACACCCAGUUCCUUUCCCUGAUGCUUCUUAUGCCAGUGUCUUGAACCUUCAAAAUGGGGGGGGGGGAAUCUUCCAGCUUGAUACAGUUUCUUUAUAAAUCUGCAUUGUUGCUUCUGGUUUAUGGCCAUGAAGAAAAUACCAGCCCCCACCCAAAAUGCACCGCAGCCAAGUCGGCUAAAGGCAGUGAGUGUUGGAGUCAGUAGGGGGCGCAUUCCCUGUACUGGGUAAGGCUGCAGAGGGGGGAAGGGCCCCAGAGCUAGAACAGGAUGUGCUUCACAGCGCCUUCUACAGACCAUGGGAAAAUGGACCCAGCAAGACACUCACACUCCUAGUUGGUGAGCUGACAGCAACAUGGUGAAGGAUCAAGUGAGUCAAGAGCAGUGAUUUUAUUUCUCUUAAAGAAUCUACCUUGCAUUUUAGAGUCUAAGGGUCAAAACUGUUGACCCUUAGACAAUCCACGUUUGUUCUUGACGAAUCACCUUGGCACAUCCUUGGUACACAGAUUUUCCCUUCUCUCUGAAAUUCUUCCAACUUAAGCUUUGAAUGUGUUACUAUAUCUUUCCAAGGUCAGAUGGUAAAAGGGGAGGUUUAAAACCUGAGAGUAAAGGGCUUGGGGUAUUGCUGAUUACAUCCCUCUUCAUGGCCCCAAUCUUUUCAACUCUUUGAGAGUUAGGAGUCCUUCUUGAGGGAUGUUAGAUUUUAGUGGGGUAGUAAUUUGCAUAAGCAUGUAGAUGAGUGUCAUGAUUUGCAAAGACUUGUUGGUAAACAUCAAGCCCAUGUUGAGUUCUUUGUUGCCAAACUCAACAGGGUUGAUUGUAAAAUUUCCUUUCUUGCCUACUUUGGACUUGUAAUUGCCAUUUAUUAUCUCAGCAGCCAACCACCUUUGCAAAAUUGUUGACACCAGUCUUCUGUGAGCACCCAACUUUUUAGGGUGUGUUGAUUUCUAUAGAUUUUACUCCUCUUGUUAUUUCCAUAGGUGUGAGAUGCACAAUGCGAAACCUAGGCCCCAGCUUUUGCACCAUGAUGCACAGGGUUGUACUUUUUGUACUGAACUGAUAGGUGGCCUAGUGGUUAUGCCCUGUACUACCAUUUUGAGGAUCUGGACUCCGUUCCUGCCUUGCUCUUUGGACCACAUUGUCAAUUCACACCGAAACUAUGUUCCAACUUCCUGUCAACAAUCUUGGCAGUUUAAGAAAAGCCCGGAAAACUGUGAAAAAAAUACUUAGUGACAUUGGGUUGGAAUACUGUAAAGAACACAUAGAAGACUUUAAACAGUUCGAACCUAAUGACUUUUAUUUGAAAAACACUACAUGGGAGGAUGUAGGACUGUGGGACCCUUCACUCACGAAAAACCAGGACUAUCGGACAAAACCUUUUUGCUGCAGCGCUUGCCCAUUUUCUUCAAAAUUUUUCUCUGCCUACAAAAGUCAUUUCCGGAAUGUCCAUAGUGAAGACUUUGAAAAUAGGAUUCUCCUUAAUUGCCCCUACUGUACCUUCAAUGCAGACAAAAAGACUUUGGAAACACACAUUAAAAUAUUUCAUGCUCCAAACGCCAGCGCACCAAGUAGCAGCCUCAGCACUUUCAAAGAUAAAAGCAAAAACGAUGGCCUUAAACCUAAGCAGGCUGACAGUGUAGAGCAAGCUGUUUAUUACUGUAAGAAGUGCACUUACCGAGAUCCUCUUUAUGAAAUAGUUAGGAAGCACAUUUACAGGGAACAUUUUCAGCAUGUGGCAGCACCUUACAUAGCAAAGGCAGGUGAAAAAUCACUCAAUGGUGCAGUCCCCUUAGGCUCAAACGCCCGGGAAGAAAGUAGUAUUCACUGCAAGCGAUGCCUUUUCAUGCCAAAGUCCUACGAAGCUUUGGUACAGCAUGUCAUUGAAGACCAUGAACGCAUAGGCUAUCAGGUCACUGCCAUGAUUGGGCACACAAAUGUGGUGGUCCCCCGAUCCAAACCUUUGAUGCUGAUUGCUCCCAAACCUCAAGAGAAGAAGGGCCUGGGACUCCAAUCAAGAAUUGGUUCCCUCGCUUCUGGAAACGUCCGAUCUUUGCCAUCCCAGCAGAUGGUGAAUAGACUCUCAAUACCAAAGCCUAACCUAAAUUCCACAGGAGUCAACAUGAUGUCCAAUGUUCAUCUCCAGCAGAACAACUAUGGAGUCAAAUCAGUGGGCCAGGGCUAUGGCGUUGGUCAGUCAAUGAGACUGGGUCUGGGUGGCAAUGCACCCGUUUCCAUCCCUCAGCAAUCUCAGUCAGUGAAGCAGUUACUUCCAAGUGGAAAUGGAAGAUCUUAUGGGCUUGGGUCAGAGCAGAGGACCCAGGCACCAGCAAGAUACUCACUGCAGUCUGCAAACGCCUCUUCUCUCUCAUCAGGCCCGUUAAAGGCUCCUGCCCUCGCCCAGUCACAGGCAUCCAGAGUAUUAGGUCAGUCCAGUUCCAAACCUACCGCAGCUGCCACUGGCCCUCCCCCGCCCAAUACGUCCUCAACUCAGAAGUGGAAGAUAUGUACAAUCUGCAAUGAGCUUUUUCCUGAGAAUGUCUAUAGUGUGCACUUCGAGAAAGAACAUAAAGCUGAGAAAGUCCCGGCAGUAGCCAACUACAUUAUGAAAAUACACAAUUUCACUAGCAAAUGCCUCUAUUGCAAUCGCUAUUUGCCCACAGAUACUCUGCUCAACCAUAUGUUAAUUCAUGGUCUGUCUUGUCCAUAUUGCCGUUCAACUUUCAAUGACGUGGAAAAGAUGGCGGCACACAUGCGGAUGGUUCACAUUGACGAAGAGAUGGGACCUAAAACAGAUUCCACGCUGAGUUUUGAUUUGACAUUGCAGCAGGGUAGUCACACUAACAUCCAUCUCCUGGUAACCACAUACAACCUGAGAGAUGCCCCCGCUGAGUCUGUUGCUUACCAUGCCCAAAACAACCCUCCAGUCCCUCCAAAGCCACAGCCAAAAGUUCAGGAAAAGGCAGAUAUCCCUGUUAAAAGUUCACCUCAAGCUGCAGUGCCCUAUAAAAAAGAUGUCGGGAAAACCCUUUGCCCUCUUUGCUUUUCAAUCCUCAAAGGACCCAUAUCCGAUGCACUUGCACAUCACUUACGAGAAAGACACCAAGUGAUUCAGACCGUUCACCCGGUGGAGAAGAAGCUCACCUACAAAUGCAUCCACUGCCUUGGUGUGUAUACCAGCAACAUGACCGCCUCGACUAUCACUCUGCAUCUAGUCCACUGCAGGGGUGUUGGAAAGACCCAGAAUGGCCAAGACAAGACAAAUGCACCCUCUCGGCUCAACCAGUCACCAGGCCUGGCACCUGUGAAGCGCACUUACGAGCAGAUGGAAUUUCCCUUGGUAAAAAAGCGAAAAUUAGAUGAUGAUAGCGAUUCACCCAGCUUCUUUGAGGAGAAGCCUGAGGAACCUGUUGUUUUAGCUUUAGACCCCAAGGGUCAUGAAGAUGAUUCCUAUGAAGCCAGGAAAAGCUUCCUAACAAAAUAUUUCAACAAACAGCCCUAUCCCACCAGGAGAGAAAUUGAGAAGCUGGCAGCCAGUUUGUGGUUGUGGAAGAGUGACAUUGCUUCCCAUUUUAGUAACAAGAGAAAGAAGUGUGUCCGAGACUGUGAGAAGUAUAAGCCUGGUGUGCUGCUGGGCUUCAACAUGAAAGAAUUAAACAAAGUUAAGCAUGAGAUGGAUUUUGAUGCUGAGUGGCUAUUUGAAAAUCAUGAUGAAAAGGAUUCCAGAGUCAAUGCUAGUAAAACUGCUGACAAAAAACUCAACCUUGGGAAGGAAGAUGACAGUUCCUCAGACAGUUUUGAAAAUUUAGAAGAAGAAUCCAAUGAAAGUGACAGUCCUUUUGACCCUGUUUUUGAAGUUGAGCCUAAAAUUCCCAAUGAUAACCCAGAGGAACAUAUACCGAAGGUAAUUUCCGAGGAUGCUUUAGAAUCUGAGGAAAAGCUAGACCAAAAAGAGGAGGAUGGUUCAAAGUAUGAAACUAUUCAUUUGACUGAGGAACCAACCAAACUGAUGCAUGAUGCCUCUGACAGUGAGGUUGACCAAGACGAUGUUGUUGAGUGGAAAGACGGUGCUUCUCCAUCUGAGAGCGGCCCUGGUUCCCAGCAGGUGUCGGACUUUGAGGACAACACAUGUGAGAUGAAAACAGGAACCUGGUCUGAUGAGUCUUCCCAGAGUGAAGAUGCAAGGAGCAGUAAGCCAGCUGCCAAAAAAAAGGCUACCAUGCAAGGUGACAGAGAGCAGUUGAAAUGGAAGAAUAGUUCCUAUGGAAAAGUAGAAGGAUUUUGGUCCAAGGACCAGUCACAGUGGAAGAAUGCAACUGAAAAUGAUGAGCGCUUAUCCAACCCACAGAUUGAGUGGCAGAAUAGCACAAUUGACAGUGAGGAUGGGGAGCAGUUUGACAACAUGACUGAUGGAGUAGCUGAGCCGAUGCAUGGGAGCUUAACCGGGGUUAAACUGAGCAGCCAACAGGCCUGAGUGCCAGGUUCUCUGGCAUUGGUGACAGAUGCUGCAGCCUGGAACUCCCUUCUCCUUUGAGUAUGACUGCAAAGCUAUGUUCUAACUGGUACUGCCUUUUGAGGGCUGGGUCAUCAGGCCGUGGGGACAUGUGGCCACUGCAGUCCCAAUGGUUAUUUCUGAGUCUCUGACACAUGAUUGGCUGAUCUUGCUUUAGAACGUCCUGUGACAGACACAGUAACUAAAUGUGAAAAACCAAUAAGCUGGUGGCUCACGAACGCACACGAGGAAAAGCAGAGGUUUAUUUUAUCUGCCUUCUCAACGUUUCUUUCCCUCUGUAAAGUGUUUGAUUGGAUGUCCUUAAGACGCGUUCUCCUGAUUCACAUGGUAGUGUAGGGCCAGCAUACAAGCUACCAGUCCCAUGUGUAUAGUAGACUUUGGGGAAGUCGAUUUUUUUUCCAUGUAUUCAUUCUGAAUAGUUGAAAUGUAUAUUUGUACAGUCUUUUAGCCCUAUUCAAGUGAUGCUUAUGAUACUGUUACUGUGUACCCAUCAUAGGUUUCUUUUUUAGUGUUACCCUUGCUGUGUAAUAAGCGCUGUAUCUAGUUGACCUAGCAAAAGCCUGAAACUACGCUAGUGUGGACUUCGGGACAGACCUUAGUUUUUGCACAUAACCUUGUACAAUCUCGCCACAGAGGCCAGCCACAUAAGAUAUAUAUCUGGACUCUCUUGUAUUAUAGAAUUUUUCUUGUUUCUGAAUAUCCUUGACAUUACAGCUGACAAAAACAAAAACUGGUAUUUCAGAGGUUUUCUGAAAUCUUUUAAGCUAAAAUCACAUGCAAGAAUUGACUUUGCAGCUACUAAUUUUGACACCUUUUAGAUCUGUAUGAAAGUGUGUUGUGUUGAAGCAGCCAACCAAUGAGGGCUGCCUUUUGGAUAUUUAGUUUUAUCUUUAGUUAAACACCACCCUGGUGUAUUCAUUUAUACCAUCUAAUAUAUGACACACUGUUGUAGUAUGUAUAAUUUUGUGAUCUUUAUUUCCCUUUGUAUUCAUUUUAAGCAUCUAAAUAAAUUGCUGUAUUGUGCUUAAUGUAAAUAUUUGCUUUAUUACACAUUACAAUCCUGUGUGUCCAUUAUGUCUUGUGCCAGCAUGGAGAUGGACGCCACAGCCACUGAGGAAACAUGUGGAAGACCAAGAUCUGCCCCUGGCAGAAAGAAUGCUUUCUCUCAAGGCACCUGUUACAAGUUCUUUGGUUUGGUUUUGUCUUUUUCCUUUUUAACUGCUAAAAUAAACAUCCUUGAGUGUUUUCAGUUCCCCUUUGUUAAAGAGCAGAGCCUGCUUAUCUGUGUAAAUGUCUCUGAUAAAAGGAUGUAAGCGUAAAUUAGCAUUAACUUGCAAGCAGAACCUUCAUGCCCUGGUGUUCGUUCUUCUAAAUGAAGUGAAUGUUAGUUUCCACCUUAUAAUGGGAACAAUUGUACUCAACAGGCAACCAUUCUGCUUUUGUUAUAACUUUGGACCAUCUUGCUACUGAGGAAAAGGCUUUGGAGAUCACACACUCUGGAGGGCUGUCAAGGUGCAGGGAGCUGGUGUGGUGUGUGUGCUCUUCAUAGAGUCUCAAAAGCAACCCAUACUAAGGAACAAAUUUGUAAGGCAACAUGAGGCCAACAUUAUUUGGCAAUUAUAACAAUCCAUGCAGAGGCUGGUCAGUCACCCUGUAGGGGCGUUGGCCUACAGAGUUAUGAAGUGGCUAGUGUCCAUAACUUCUGCGACUUUCCAGAAGAUUGAAGAUCUUGUUAAUGCUUUUGUUACCUGAGAUUAGACACCACCCCAGCAAAUGUUAAGUCUCACCUUGCAAAGCGAAUACAGGAGAAAGCACAGUAAUGAUAGGGUGUUUGGGGCUGGCAUGGAGCUAUUUUAAAUCCAUUGUACAUGUAGGUUAUAAAUUCUUUGGACACCAAGCUAACAUUUGGGACAGUAUGUCCCAAAUUAAGCUACAGAUGACCAAAUCAAAAAACUGGCUUUGAGAAACUCCGUUUCUCUUACAUGAGGAUAGUAAUACCAGCUGAAUUGAAGCUGUCUCACAUUUGUUUUGAAAUUACUCUUCCUAAUUAACAACAGGUGAGAAGAAUUUGGCCUGGGUGGAGAAGUUAGUCCCUCAUGGAGUACUAAAGAGACGUGUGCAAAAUGGGGGGUGGGGAAAGGUAUUCCGGAUUGGAUAGUUGAGCGAAGAGAGUCUAUGUCCCUUGCUAAGGUGGUGGGAGUGGGCCCUGUUGGCAUGCAGAAGAGUUUAGCCACCUAGGAAUUGGGAAUGAAGAUUUCCAACUAGAAAUGUUGAAGCCCUGAAAGUGUCUCAAUAAAAGCCAUUUUAAAAGAA